AUGCAGGAGUUGGAAAACCAACUGCAUCAGCUGCAGAAGGAGAGCAAGACUGAGGCUGAAAACCUGCAGAAAAGUUACAAGGCUGUCCAAAGUAUGGUGAAGACUGUCCACGAUAAGGAAAAACAGAUCCAGCAAUUAACAACUCUGCUUGAAGAGAAGGAGGAUGAGUUGGAGCAGAACAAGCAGGAGCUCCAUGCUGCUACCAUGAAAAAAUACCAGGGCCUGGAGGACCAGCAGCUUCAGCUCUCAGACAAAGACAACAAGAUAGCUCAGAUGGAGGGGGACAUCAAGAUAAAGGAUCUGGAGAACCAAAAGCUCCAGAAGUCCCUGGCAAGGAAGGCCUCCGAGAUUGAAAGGCUUCAAGAACAGCUGGAGAAACUGGACGAGGUUAUAAAACACAAGGAAGAAUCUGUACAGGAUCUCCAAGAGAAGCUUCAUGAAGAGAAGGAGAAAGGAGUGGACAAACUGGAGGCCCAGGAACAGCAAUACCAGGUGCUGUCAGAUGAUGCCCAGAGACAGCUACAGAGCAAGGAGAAAGUGAUCCAGAGGUUGAGCAAGAGUCUGAAGGAGAAAGACAGGCAGCUCCAGGAGUAUCUGGACAAGGAGCAGUCUCUCACACCCAAAUCUGAGAGUAAAGACAGUCUUAUUAGCAAGCUAAGAGAGAGGCUGGCUGAGAGAGACAAGGCUGUUGAAGAAGCCAUUGAAGAAAAGUUCCGUGCUCUGGAAGAGAAAGACAAUGAGAUUCGAGGACUGAAGAUGUCUCUAAGAGAGCGGGAACGCGACAUUGAACGAGCCAAUCAAAUGCUUCUGAACUCAGAAGAAACCAUAGAUUCCCUGGAGAACAAGGCAACGUGGGCAGAGGAACAGCAGCAGGAAAUGUUGGACAAGAUGCGCACAGCUCUGAGCGAGAAGGACAAGACCAUUGAGUCCCUUGUGGAGAGUGCCCGGGAAAAGGAUAAACUGUUCCGUCAAAUCCAUGACUCCCAGCCCCCGAGCAUCAGCCCCAGCAAACUGGCCGAACUCCACAGGCUGCGAGACGAGGUGUCCAGGUUGAAGAAUGAUUUGCAGAAUAAAGAAGAUCUGAUAGAGCGUCUACGUAUGGCCAGGAACCGCAGUCCCAAACAUUCUAUUACCUAUGAUAGUCCUGACUCUGAGAGUCUGAAUGCAGAGCUCAAACUCAAAGAAAAGGCAUUGAAAGAUGCACUACAAGCCCACAAGCAGACUAAAGAAGAAUUGGAUCAGCUAAAGCAGCAGCUGGCUGGAGGUGGUGUAGACGUGGAUGAGUUGAGACGACUGAGGAUAGAAGUGGUACAGCUGAGAGAAGAGGUGGACAGACCAGGCACCCCACAGAGACAGCAGAUCACAGUGGGGGGAGAGGAGAAU